AUGGCUGAAUACGUCCGGAAACAAGUGCGGUCAUUCCAACAAACAGUCAAGGACAAGAGGAAGCUCUCUGGAUGGAUCAUCCCCCGGCAGCAGUCCUCCUUUGCCGAUGAAGGAACAUGGUGGGCAUCAUCUCCUCUCCUCAACGACUCCAGCUCACGCAAGCAGGACCAACAUCGACAUGGACGUGACGCCUCUCGAACGCCAGACCUGGGGUCCCUGGACCAUGUUCGGCUUCUGGUUCUCGGACGCGCUGAAUGCGCAGGGAUGGGAAGCUCCAGCCGCCAUACUCGCCGUGGGUCUGACUUGGUAGGUGGCCUGCUGUUGCGAAGAUCCCAAACUGACAUCAGCAGGCGUGAAGCCGUCUACUGCAUCAUUCUGGGCAAUCUGGUUACUACUAUUCCGCUCGUGCUGAACGGCGCUGUCGGGGCUCGUCUACAUAUCCCCUUCCCCGUCGCCAUGCGCUCCUCGUUUGGCUGGUACUUCUCGCGCUUUGCUGUCGUCACUCGAAUGAUCACUGCCCUCUUCUGGCAUGCCAUUCAGACCUACACCGGCUCGACGGCCAUCACCCAGUGCAUCCGCGCCAUCUGGCCGUCCUAUCUCGACCUGCCCAACCAUCUCCCUUCCUCGGCGGGCAUCACGAGCCAGCAGCUCCUCAGCCAUUUCAUCUUCUGGUCCAUCCAGUUCCCGUUCCUCCUGACCCCUCCGCACAAGCUGAAAUGGUUCUUCGUCUUCAAGGCCGUCGUGGUGCUCGUCUCGUCCGUCGCCGUCGUCAUCGCCAUGACCCUGGAGGCCGGAGGCACGGGCGACAUCUGGCGCCAGGAGGACGCCGUCACCGGUGAAACACGCAGCUGGCUGAUCCUGUCGAGCAUGUCCAGCAUCACGGGGUCCUGGGCGACGAUGGCGACCAACAUACCGGACUUCACCCGCUACCUCGACCGCCCGAACGGCGUCUACUGGCAGGUCGUCUUCCUGCCGGCCAUUCAGAUUGUGUUGGGUUUGUUCGGAAUCAUCGCCACCUCCGCUGCUAAGGUCGUCUAUGGGCGGUACAUCUGGGAUCCGGUGGCGCUGGCAGGGGAAUGGCAAGGACCCAGCGGACGAGCAGGCGCCUUCUUUGUCGGAUUCACGUGGUGCGUCGCGCAGAUUGGGACCAACUUAUCAGCGAACGUGAUCUCGUGCGCAAACGACCUGACGAGUCUCUUCCCAAAAUACAUCAACAUCCGGCGGGGGGUCGUGCUCACCACUGUGACAGCGGCCUGGAUCAUGGUGCCCUGGAAGAUUGUUUCCUCCGCGUCGUCCCUCCUGACCUUCAUGUCCGGGCUGGGCAUCUUCCUCGCCCCGAUUUCCGCCAUCCUGGGUGCUGACUUCUGGGUCGUCAAGCGCCGACGCGUCGACGUGCCAGCCUUGUACCGUGCCCAUGGCGGAUAUCGCUACAACCACGCGGGCACCAACUGGCGCGCUGUUGUCGCCUUCCUCGUCUCCGUGGUGCCCAACAUCCCCGGGAUGGCGGCCACGGUCAACCCGUCGCUGACCGGCAAGGUCCGGGGUGCCGUUAAGAUCUACAGCAUCUUCUACCUCUGGGGGUUUUCGUCGGCUUUUGCGGCGUAUUGUCUGCUCAGUGUCGUUUUUCCGGCCAGAGAGACGCUCGUCCGGGAGACAGUGUCGGGUGACGCUGAAGUUUUCCCUCAGGAGAUGUCGGACGAGUCUCGAAGUUUGUCUACUAGGGACCCGGAGAAGAAGGCUGACACUUCGAUUGGUGUGGAUUCCGUUUGA